AUGGCUACUUCCAUGGGUUGUCUGCUGGUGCUCUGCCUCGUGUCUCCCCUCCUCCUCGCCGGCACCGUCCGCGGCAACCCGUGGUACGGCGGCGGCGGCCUCUUCCCGCAGUUCUACGAUCACUCGUGCCCCAAGGCCAAGGAGAUCGUGCAGUCCAUCGUGGCCCAGGCCGUCGCCAGGGAGACCAGGAUGGCGGCGUCCCUCGUCAGGCUGCAUUUCCACGACUGCUUCGUCAAGGGGUGCGACGCGUCCGUGCUGCUGGACAACAGCACCACCAUUGUCAGUGAGAAGGACUCCAACCCCAACAAGAACUCUAUCAGAGGAUUCGAGGUCGUCGACCAGAUCAAGGCCGCCCUCGAGGCCGCCUGCCCUGGCACCGUCUCCUGCGCCGACAUCCUCGCCCUCGCCGCCCGCGACUCCACCAUCCUCGUUGGCGGCCCGUACUGGGACGUGCCGCUCGGCCGGAGGGACUCGCUUGGCGCGAGCAUCCAGGGCUCCAACAACGGCAUCCCGGCCCCCAACAACACCCUUCCCACCAUCAUCACCAAGUUCAAGCGCCUCGGCCUCAACGUCGUCGACGUCGUCGCCCUCUCCGGCGGCCACACCAUCGGCCUGUCCAGGUGCACCAGCUUCAGGCAGAGGCUGUACAACCAGUCCGGCAACGGCCUCGCCGACAACACGCUCGACGUCUCCUACGCGGCGCAGCUCAGGCAGGGGUGCCCACGCUCCGGGGGCGACAACAACCUCUUCCCGCUCGACGUCGCCACCUCCACCAAGUUCGACAACUACUACUUCAAGAACAUCCUCGCCGGCAGGGGCCUGCUCAGCUCCGACGAGGUCCUGCUCACCAAGAGCGCCGAGACGGCGGCUCUCGUGAAGGCGUACGCCGACGACGUGCACCUCUUCUUCCAGCACUUCGCGCAGUCCAUGGUGAACAUGGGCAACAUCAUGCCGCUCACCGGGUCAAAGGGGGAGAUCAGGAAGAACUGCAGGAGGCUCAACAACUUCCACUGA